AUGGGCUCCAUGCAGGCACCACUCCCCGACGCCCUCAACAAUAUUAAACGUGUGGCUGUCGUAGGGGCAGGCAUCAGUGGCGUCUGCUCUGCAGCUCAUUUACUUCGGCAAGGUCUCGAAGUGACUGUCUUCGAGCGUUCCGGCAUCGCGGGCGGCGUAUGGCAUUACGAUCCUCGGCCGGCGCCAGAUCCGUCGUACCCAAACGAGUCGCCAUCCAAGGGAGACUACAAGAUAAGCCCUGCCGGUCGGCACGCAUAUGCGACGCCGCCCCCCGGAUAUGACGAGUCAGAGACAGAUUUAUCUAUGGCCGUGGACGACACAAAGAGGAUGUCAGCCGCGGAGAUAGAACAUGCGCCACCCGGGCCUGCCUACUUCGGGCUGAAGAACAAUGUGCCAACAAGGCUGAUGAAAAGCAUCCUCGGAGAUUAUCCUGAAGGCACAGAAGACUUUGUCAGUCAGAAGCUUCUUGAAGAGUAUAUUCAGAACUUGUCCCGCGAUACAGGAGUCGAACAAGUCACCUUGUACAACACCAGGGUGGAGGAAAUCAAUAAGGACACUGGCUCGGACACCUGGACAGUACGGACCUUGGUAUUGGAGCACAGUUCCCACAGACCGCGGUUUCGAGAGCAGUCAUGGGUGUUCGACGCCGUUGUUGUCGCCUCUGGUCACUACAACAUGCCCAGGAUCCCAGCGAUCCCUGGCCUGGCAGAGUGGAAAGCAACGUGGCCAGACAGGGUGAUGCACUCCAAGCGAUAUCGAACACCAGAACCUUUUGCAAGCGAGAAGGUGUUCCUUAUUGGGGCUGGUGUGUCCUCCUGGGAUAUCGCGAGAGAGUUGGAUCGUGUCGGUGGCACAACCAUCCAGAGCUGUAGGGGAGGGAUUUUCGAUAUUCCUGAGACCUUGCUGCCGCCUUCGGCCAUGCGUGUAGGCGAAGUAGCCGCCUUUGAGAACAGUCCGGUCCCGAGCUCGGCUACGUUGAACAAAUCGGAUACCAUACCUGGGCGUAUUCUGCUAAGCGAUGGAACACAACUGGAAGGAUUCCAUCGAGUCAUUGUGUCGACGGGCUACAUCACGUCGUACCCCUUCUUGGCACACCUGCAUGAAGAUAGCCUCACUGCCGAGCAAGCGAGCGACGACAUCCUAGUCACUGCAGACGGUGACAUGGUGCAUAACCUCUACGCCGACAUCUUCUAUAUCCCAGAUCCGACACUCGCCUUUGUCGGAGUGCCGUUCCAUGUCGCCACGUUUGCCCUGUUCGACGUGCAAGCGCAAGCCGUGGCCCGUGCCUUUGCCGGUCGGGUCUCGUUUCCCGACGUGGCGGAAAGGCGGGCGGCGUACGAGCAAAAGAAGACCAAGAAAGGGGUUGGGCGGUCAUUUCACAGCCUCAAAGACGACGGAGCGGAGCUUGGAUAUGCAGACAGCUUGAGGGCAUGGGUGAACCGGUCCGCUGACGAGCUUGUGGAUGAGAGGAUGCCCCCAUACACUGAAGAAUGGUUGCAGGCACACGCUGAGAUGAAGGAGAGGCUGAAGGCACUUAGAAUUGGAGAUUAA